CUGAGGAUGGAGAAGUAUGCCGGGGCUGGUCAGUGGUAAAUCACUCACCCAAGUCACGUCUGAUGGUUUUAAGGGCAAAGUGGAACCAAAGACGCCAUGCUGUCCUGGAUCUGCUCUGAAGAACUAGGGAGAGACUGAAGUCAGGAUGGCGUAUAUACAGUUGGAACCCAUCAAUGAGGGGCUCCUGUCCAAGCUGUCCAACUUCCUGCUGUGUCGCUGGACGUGCCAAUCCUUCUGCCAGUCAUGUUGGGAGUGCAGCUGCUGCCAGCCCAGCGACGAGGAGGUGGAGAUACUGGGACCCUUCCCUGCACAGACCCCCACCUGGCUAGUCAAUGACAAGAACGAAGAUAAGGAUGAGGACUCAGAUAAGGAUGGGGACAACACAGCAGCUGAUCCACCAGUUACGCCCCAGGAUGCCUCCCCAGACCGCCGGAGAUCCAGCUCUGACACUUCCCGCUCCACCUACAGCCUCACACGUAGAGUCUCCAGUCUGGAGUCUCGAAGGCCGAGCUCCCCCCUGAUUGACAUCAAGCCCACUGAGUUCUGGGCCAUGGGCUCCAAGAAGGAGGCAGUCCAGCCUGCGGUGCUGCGCAAGCCCUAUGUGCCAGCAGACGAUUACUUCCACAAGUUCGAGCCACGGCUGUACUCAGUGGACUCGAGCAGCGACGACGUGGACUCCCUAACCGACGAGGAGAUCCUGUCACGUUACCAGCUGGGCAUGCUGCACUUCAGCACACAGUACGACCUCCUGCAGAACCACCUGAUGGUGCGCGUCAUUGAGGCCCGCGACCUGCCCCUGCCCCUGGCCUGUGACAGCUCACGCCAGGACAUGGCCCACUCCAACCCCUACGUCAAGAUGAGCCUGCUGCCCGACCAGAAGAACUCCCGGCAGACCGGUGUCAAGCGCAAGACGCAGAACCCCGUCUUCGAGGAGCGCUACACCUUCGACAUCCCCUUCCUGGAGGCCCAGCGGCGCACCCUGCUGUUCUCCGUCGUCGACUUCGACAAGUUCUCCCGCCACUGCGUCAUCGGCAAGGUGGCCAUGUCCCUGUGCGACGUUGACCUGGUUAGAGGAGGGCACUGGUGGAAGGCACUGGUUCCCAGUUCACAAAAUGAGGUGGAGCUGGGGGAGUUGUUGGUGUCUCUCAACUACCUGCCCAGCGCUGGGAGGCUCAACGUGGACAUCAUCCGAGCCAAGCAGCUGCUGCAGACCGACAUGAGCCAGGGAUCAGACCCCUUUGUGAAGAUCCAGCUUGUGACGGGGCUCAAGCUGGUGAAGACUAAGAAGACCUCAUGCAUGCGGGGCACCAUCGACCCCUUCUUCAAUGAGUCCUUCAGCUUCCGGGUCAUGCAGGACGAUUUGCAGGACGCCAGCCUGGUAUUCACAGUUUACGGCCACAACAUGAAGAGCAGCAAUGACUUUGUGGGGCGCAUUGUGAUUGGCCAGUACUCGACGGGCCCCCCACAGGCUUUCGGGAAGCUGAUGAAGACAAUCCCCCUGGAUGUGGCACUGAGUAACAGUGGACACACAGAGAUUCAGAGUAUCUCGCUGGCCAUCCAGGGUCACAUGGUUAAGGCCCCCAGCAACACAUUCCACCCUCAAGACUUCUCUGACCUCAUCAGCUUUAUUCUGUAUGGGACAGUUCACCGUGGAGGGAAAGGGCCCUGGUUGGAAAAGCUGUACCACAGCUGCCAGCGACUAGAGAAGAGGGAUGCAGCACCCAUCCCCCAUGCCCUGCUGAAGACUGAGGCAGUGCUCUGGCAGUGGGCAGUCUGGGAAGCGGCACAGUUUACUGUCUUGUCCAAACUGCGCACCCCACUGGGACGAGCACAAGACACUUUCCAGACAAUCGAGGGAAUGAUUCGCAGCCUGGCCGCUCACAGUUUGAACCCCGAGCAGGACCUGAGCCAGUGGAGUGGUGGGGAGAGCGACGAGGGUCACCACGGUAACCAGCUGCGGCUUGCGCUGCUGCUGCAGUUCCUCGAGAAUCUGGAGAAGCUCAUGUACAACGCCUAUGAGGGUUGUGCAAAUGCACUCGCAGCACCACCUAAGGGCAUCCGCACGUUCUUCUUCACCAACCGGCAGACAUGCCAGGACUGGCUGACCCGGAUCCGCAUGGCUCUGAUGCGAGUGGGGCUGCUCUCUGGACAGCCUGCGGUAACUGUGCGACACGGGUUUGACUUGGUCACCGAGAUGAAGAACAGCAACGCUCAGGGUUCUGAGAUGGAGGUUCCCAUCAUGAUGCUGGUCGAGGCUCUGUGUGAGCUGCACUGCCCUGAGGCUAUCCAGGGGCUGGCAGCAUGGAGCUCUGCCACUGCAGGGAAGAGCUUGGCAUGGAUCAGCUCUGUGGCUCUGCAGGCUGAGGGAAGGUUUGAGAAGGCUGCAGUGGAGUACCAGGAACAGCUGUGUGCCAUCACAGGGGUUGACUGCUCAAUCAAAGGCUUUGACAGGACCCUGCUUAAAGUGGCUAAUGCCAGCAGUGGCAAUACUGCUAGCCCCAAACACACCGGUAAUGGAGACUGCCGGAAAACGGUUCUGAAACCCAGCGACUGCUCCCCUGAAGUCGUGAACUUCCUGGCCAACAAGGCGUGCGAAUGCUACAUGGCCCUCUCUGACUGGUCAUCGGUGCAAGAGUGGCAGAGCAGCGUCCUGACCAUGAAGAAAAGCUCCAGUGGUUCGGCGAUCCAGCUGAAAACAGACUUCAACUAUGUCAGGGCUCUGAGCAGUUUUGAGGCUGGAGAUUUUGCUGUGUGUCGUGAACAGCUAGAGCUUUUGCCCGGAGAGGAUAUUGGUUCUUCCAGGGAUAAGCUAGACCUAAAGAAGCUGCUGCCAGGUAUACUGAGUCCAGACCCCACCGAGCUGCAGAAAGCCAUCGAGGUGCAGCUACUGAGAAGUGCUGUGGGAGUGGUCUCCAUUGUCAGUCACAGUGAGCAAGACCAGAAACCCAUUUCAGAAAACCUGGUGAAGUACCUGAAGCAGACUGCACGCAUCUCCCUUGGCCCUCUGAGGCUCUCUACUCUGACUCUGUCAGGAUCCCUGCCCACCCUCAGUACCCUUCAGCUCCAGUGUGCCACAACCCUGGAGAGCACACUCACAAGGCGCCUGGCUUCAGAGGACUGUCUGAUCCCUCUCUACAGCCAGGCCCUGUGCUCAUGUAAGCAGAAGGAUGUCCAGCCCUGGCUACAUGCAAUCAGAUACACAGUCUUCCAGUGGCAACUCUCUGCCAAGCUCAAAGGUUCUUCUGUUCCCAUUGGCUCCCACCUGAUGGAGCUCUGCCUGACCGCUGUGAAGUUUGCCCGGAAACAAGGCAACAUUGCCCUGGCAACCAGGCUUCUGACACAGUGUAAUAGUGAGGUGCCACUUGGGGGUGCUGCCACUGGACAGGACCUGGUGAAUCUCUUCAAAUGUUUGUCGUUGCAAGGCACUGUAGGGGAGAAGUGGGGCCCUGAGCUGGACAUUGAGAAAGCAAAGCUGCUUUAUACAGCAGGUCAGUCAGGCUCUGCCAUGGAGAUGCUGAGUUACUGUGCACUCUCGUACUGCCGCUCAGGGAGGUAUGAGCAUGCAGCAUCCCGCUCCAUCCUCACGCUAUGUAAGUGGCUGCUGGCAGAGUGGAAAGACCUGACUGGGCAGCUGAAGCAGGCAGUGACAAAACCUCCCUCCUUCACGGAGCUACCGCCCCUCAGCAGAAAUAUCGCUGCCCUGCUAGAGCUAGAACCUGAGGACCAGGUUCUGCCAUGCAUCACAGCUGAGGCCACAGUGAGUGUGGGAGUGGGCGAGCCGGAUUUUGUCCUAGGGCAACUCUACCAGCUGUCAGCAGCACAGGCACCUGAAGUUGCCAAGUCUUGGGCAGCCCUAGCCAGCUGGGCCUACAGGUGGGGCCGGAAGGUUGUAGACAACGCCAGCCAAGGAGAGGGGGUCCCCCUACUGCCUGGUGAGAAGGAGGCGGUGGAGGCGCUGCUGCCAAGCGGCACCUCUGAGGACCACAAAGAUACCAUCUACAGCAUUCUAGGGCAGGCCAUGUGUCGGCCUGCAGGCAUACAGGAUGAAGACCUGGCUCUGCAGAACGAGGAGGAUGAGGAGGAUGACAUGGUGGAUGUGAUCUGGAGGCAGCUCCUGAGCUCCUGCCCGUGGCUGUCUGAGGUGGAGGAGAGCGUCACCGAGGGACUCAUUAGAGUCUGGCGCAGAGUGGUCGACCGCAUCUUCGGCCUGUACCGGGUCUCUUGCCGAGCCUACUUCACGUUCCUCAAACUUAAUGCUGGCCAGGUCCCCAUUGACGAGGAAGACCCCAGGCUGCUCCUGAAUCACGAGGAUGGCAAGCAGAGCAAUGAUGAUGUGAUUGUCAUGGCCACCCUCCGGCUGCUGCGACUGCUGGUGAAGCAUGCUGGGGAGCUCAGGGAGGAGCUGGAGCUGGGACUGGCAUCAACCCCCACCGCGCCCUGGAGAGGUAUAAUCCCCCAGCUUUUCUCCAGAUUGAACCACCCAGAGGUUUAUAUCCGUCAGAGUAUCUGCAGCCUGCUGUGUCGCGUGGCCCAGGACUCCCCCCAUCUCAUCUUACACCCAGCUAUCGUGGGGUCUAUCACUUUGGGAGGAGAGGCGCAGGCUGCAGGAAGCAAGCUGCCCACCCUGCUGAGUAACAUCCAGGGAGAAGGGCUGUGUGGUGGGGAGAAUGAUGGAGGAAGUGCCUCUGCCUCCCAGGAGAGCAACAAAGAGGAGGAGCUGGUGCCUUGUUCCAGCGAGGAUCAGACCAUGAUGCAGGACUGCUACAGCAAGAUUGUGGACAAGCUGUCCUCUGCCAACCCGGCAAUGGUGCUCCAGGUUCAGGUGUUGGUAGGAGAGCUGCGGCGCAUCACCCUGCUUUGGGACGAGCUGUGGUUGGGAGUCCUGCAGCAGCAGCACAUGCACGUUCUGCGCAGAAUCCAGCAGCUAGAGGAUGAGGUCAAGAGAGUGCAAAGCAACAACACUCUGCACAAGGAGGAGAAGAUUGCAAUCAUGCGAGAGAAGCACUCUGCGCUGAUGAAGCCAGUUGUUUUUGCACUCGAACAUGUCCGCAGCAUCACAGCAGCCCCCGCAGAGACGCCACACGAGACCUGGUUCCAGGAGACCUUUGGUAAUACCAUCGACAACUCCCUGGAGAGGCUGAGGAACCCCUCCAACCCAGCCAACCCAGCCAGCAGCUGGGUCCCAUUCAAACAGAUCAUGCUGAGCUUGCAGCAGAGAGCACAGAAGCGUGCCAGUUACCUGCUGCGGCUGGAUGAGGUCAGCCCACGCCUGGCCACCAUGGAGAGCACGGAGAUUGCUCUGCCCGGAGAGGUCUCCGCCACUGACGCUGUCACCAUUCAGAGUGUGGGCAACACCAUAACCAUCCUGCCGACCAAAACCAAGCCGAAGAAACUAUAUUUCCUUGGCUCUGACGGCAGAAACUACCCCUACCUUUUUAAAGGCCUGGAAGACUUGCACCUUGAUGAGCGGAUUAUGCAGUUCCUGUCAAUUGUGAACACCAUGUUCACAAAGGUGAACAAGCAGGAGAGCCCUCAUUUCCAGGCUCGCCACUACUCUGUCACACCUCUGGGGACACGAUCCGGACUCAUUCAGUGGGUGGAUGGGGCCACGCCUCUCUUCGGGCUCUACAAGCGUUGGCAGCAGCGUGAGGCUGUACUGCAGGCUCAAAAGGCCCAGGAUUCAUUCCAGCAGCCCCAGAAUCCGCCCAUGGUUCCUCGCCCAAGCGAGCUCUACUACAGCAAGAUCAGCCCCGCCCUGAAGGCUGUGGGACUCAGUUUGGAUGUGUCACGUCGAGACUGGCCACUGAGCGUUAUGAGGGAUGUCCUGAAAGAGCUGAUGGAAGCCACACCACCCAACCUUCUGGCCAAAGAGCUGUGGUGUUCCUGCACCACCCCCAGCGAGUGGUGGAGAGUCACUCAGUCCUACGCCAGGUCCACUGCAGUGAUGUCCAUGGUGGGUUACAUCAUUGGGUUGGGUGAUCGGCACCUGGACAAUGUGCUGAUUGACAUGACUACCGGGGAGGUAGUUCAUAUUGACUACAACGUCUGCUUUGAGAAAGGAAAGAGUCUGCGGGUGCCAGAGAACGUUCCUUUUCGCAUGACACACAACAUUGAGACAGCGCUGGGGGUCACUGGGGUCGAGGGCAUCUUCAGAUUGUCCUGUGAACAGGUGAUUCAGAUGAUGCGGCGUGGGCGCGAGACCCUCCUGACGCUGCUAGAGGCCUUUGUGUAUGACCCCCUUGUGGACUGGACUGCUGGGGGUGAGGUGGGCUUUGCUGGAGCAGUGUACGGAGGGGGAGGCCAGCAGGCUGAGAACAAACAGAGCAAGAGGGAGAUGGAGAGGGACAUCACACGCAGUCUCUUCUCAUCCCAUGUGGCAGAAAUCAAGGUGAACUGGUUUAAGAACCGCGAUGAGAUGCUGUCAGCUCUGCCUCAGUUGGAGAGCGGAGUGGAGGAGUACCUGAGUCUGCAAGAGCAGCUCACUGAGGUGGAGAAACUGCAGGGCAAGCUUCUGGAGGAGAUUCAGUUUUUGGAGGGAGCAGAAAAUAGGGCGGACCACCUCAUUCACACGCUGGAGCAUAGGUACUCUGAGCACACUAAACUGCAGUCGCGGGAGCUUGCAGUCCAGGAGGCAAUCCAAGUGAAGCUUUCAGAUUUCGAUCAGUGGAUCUCUCAGUACCAGGCUGCCUUUUCUAGUAUGGAGGCAACACAGCUUGCCAGCCUUCUUCAGGAGAUUAGCAGCCCCAUCGACCUGGGACCACCCAGUUAUGUUCCUGCCACAGCCUUUCUCCAGAAUGCUGGCCAGGCACACCUUAUCGGCCAGUGUGAGCAGCUGGAAGGGGAGGUGGGGGCGUUAUUCCAACAAAGACGUUCCCUGCUGCGUGGCUGCCUUGAGCACCUGCACAGCUAUGCCACUGUGGCCCUACUGUACCCCCAUGCUGUUUUCCUCCGCCAUCGUGCUCACGCCUGGAAGCAGUGGAUGGAGGAGCUGAUCUGUGACAUGACUAUAGACCACUGCCAGGCCAUCUAUUGCAAAUAUGAGAGUCAGUAUGCUGCCCAGCCAACUCCUUCCACCUGCCAGUUCCUAUCUAGCACUGAAAUGACACUGCAGCACCACGCGGCUGACACAAACUCGCGGCUGCUGCGGCAAGCUGAGCGCUUGAAGGCAGAAGGUGCCAGUGUACCAGUGUGCGAGGAGCAGCUGCAGGAGAUUGAGCGCUGUAUCACUGUGUUCCUGCGUGAGAAUGGAGAGCUGGGCUCCCUCAGCCUGGCUGGAAUACUUGUCUCCGCACUCUGCACACUCACCAGGCGUAACCUGGUGAUGGAAGGAGCAGCAGCGAGUGCGGGGGAGCAGCUAGUGGAGCUGACGUCCCGGGAUGGAGCCUGGUUUCUGGAAGAGCUGUGCAGCAUGAGUGGGAACGUGGCCUGUCUGGUACAGCUGCUGCAGCAGUGCCAACUAAUGCCACACGACCUGGACAUUCCCAGCCCCUCUGAGACCGCCCGGGCUGUUUACCUGGCCAACGGAGUCUAUACCUGUCUGCAGGAGCUGAACACCAAUUUCCGACAGAUCAUCUUCCCAGAGGCUCUGCGCUGCAUGAUGAAGGGAGAGAGCACCCUGGACAGUAUGCUGGCUGAGCUGGACACUCUGAUUGAGCAGAACGCAGACGGGGUCUCCCUUCAGGGGCUGGGUGAGGCGCUGCAGACACACCUCCGCAAUGCUGCCAUGGGACUGGAGGAGGAGGCAGACUCCCACUACCUCGAUGUCACCAGGAUGCUGCGAGCCCAGUACUCUGAGCUGAUCCAGCCUCGCAACCUGCAGGGCUCUGUGCAGGACACACCCAAGAUGAGUGCUGGACAGAUGUUACUGGUGGCCUUUGAUGGGAUGUUUGCUCAGCUGGAGACAGCCUUUGGACUCCUGACUGAAAAGCUGAGCAAGAUGGAAGUGCCCCCUGCCUGGCGGAAGAUCGAUGUGAUACGGGAGGCACGAGUAGCACAGGUGAACUUCUUCGACAGUGCUCGGCACCGGCAGGUCCUGGAGGAGAUCUUCUUCCUCAAGAGGCUGCAGACCAUCCGCGAGUUCUUCCGGCUCUGCGGAUCCUUUGCACAGACACUGUCUGGAGCGUGCCCAUCCCCCACAGAUGAGCCUAGCGCCCCGAAUGGCCCUGUGUUGUUGGUCCAGGUGAAGCCCCUCUAUCGCAACACUGUCGUUGUCAACGAGGAACAGAUGGUACGACCCAUCAAGUCAUUCACAGCAGACUUUGUCAGACAGAUGCUGCUGGGGCUGCCCACACAUGCACUGGGACUGGCACUGUGCAGCGCACUGAGCGCCCUGGGCAUGGACCUUAUCGCCCAGGUGGAGGCCAAGGACUUUGGGGCAGAGGGCAAGGUGUCAUUAGAUGAUCUGUGUAAGAAGGCAGUGGAGCAGGGAGUGCAGGCUGGGCGGUUGUCGCAGCUCAUCCUCAACAGAGCCACCGUUCUGGCCAGCUCUUACGACGCGGCCUGGAAGAAACUGGACCUGGUGCGCCGCCUGGAGACCAACAUCGAAGCCUGCAAGUUCAUCCUGCAGAGAGCACAGCUCCACAUCGCCAUGUUCCAGUGGCAGCAUGAAGACAUCCUGGGAGCUCGGAAUCAAGCAAUGACAGUUAGCCCGCCACCACGCUCUGCCAUCCUUGGCAACAUGAAGAAGAAGCUGCAUGCACUCGGUCAGGUUGAAGUUUCCAUUGCCAACGUGCAGGAGAAGCUGGCAUCACUAGAAGGCAGUAUCGAGCAACGGUUGAAGUGGGCAGGGGGAGCAAACCCGGCACUGGCUCCUGUGCUGCAGGAUUUCGAGGCGACAAUUAGUGAGCGGCAAUCGCUGGUCAUGAAGGAGGGACAGCGUGCCAACCAGGUGACGUUCCUGUGCAGCACCAUCCUGAACUUUGAGAGCCUGCGAACGCGCACCCCUGAAGCUCUCAGCAUGGACACAAUGCUCUUCGAGUUGCUCAAGAGGUGCCAGGCCACCUGCUCCUUUGCAGCGCAGUUUAGCAGCUCCGUCUCACCACUGGAGCUGCGCCUCCUUGGCAGGCUGAAUCCUGGACUUGACCUGCCGAUUGGUGCCACAGAUUGGCUGGCAUGUGCCCAGAAACAGCUGACCCAAGAGAUGUCCACUCGGAGAUCGGUGCAGGCAGAGCGGGAGCAGCACAUAGAGUGCGUCUCAGAGAGCCUGCAAGGGCUGGUCGAUUGCAUCAAGAGCAUCCUGUCCAGUCACAGUCGGCAGCUCGGUGAUGUCAAGCACCUGUUGAGGGCCAUGGCCAAGGACGAAGAGAAUGCUCUUGCAGAAGGUGAGGAGGUCGUGUACGAGGGCAGUGUGCAGCAGUUCUUGUCUGAAUACAAGGUGUGGCAAGACAACAUCCAGAUUGUGCUGUUCACUGUGGUGCAGUCCACGGGGCAGCCGCACAGCCAGGAGCAGGUGGAGCUGCUGCAGGAGAUCCCACCCACUCUGAAGGAGCUGAAAUCGCAGAGCCAGAUGAUCUACAACGGGCUGGUAGGCUUUGCGUCGCCUCUGGUGACUGAGCAAGCGUGUGACUGUGCCAGCCCCACAUCUUCUGGGAUGCAAACCAGCUUUGCGGCAGCUGUGCGCUGUAGCGCUCCAAAGACUCAGCCAGACGGCAUGUCUCAGAAUGCUCGCAAACCACUUCUGAGAAACCUGGACACACCGGCAGACACCCCACCUAGCAACCUGCUACUCGCCAACAAAGGACUGGCUCCCAGUCCCAAGAGAGCUGUACGUGACCCCAAAACGGGGAGAGCUGUGCAGGAGCGGAAUUCGUAUGCUGUAAGUGUGUGGAAACGAGUGAAGGCGAAACUGGAGGGAAGAGAUGUGGACACCAACAGGAGGAUGAGUGUGGCAGAGCAGGUGGAUUAUGUGAUCAAGGAGGCUACAAAUGUGGAUAACCUCGCCCAGCUAUAUGAAGGGUGGACAGCAUGGGUGUGAAUGUGAAGCAAGCAGAUCUCUAUGGUCCAGCAGGUCAGAAUCUACCAGAAUCCACUCGGUCUGGGGCGUAUGAGCCGCAGAGCAGCGUGGGGAGGGGGGAGGGGGGGCAAGUGAUCCUCCCUGGGGCCCACACCGGAUCCCGUAGCACAGCUGCACCCGGCGAUCCAGCUAACAUAAAGAAUGGGUCUGCACCCUUCUCCUUAGGGUGUGGGGGUGACAAUGGGGGUGGAGACGGGCACCCAGCCUGAGCACCCCCUCCAGUAAUAAGAAAUAAAUAAACAUCUCUUCUGGACUCCAAGAAUAUGCAGAAAGGAUUCACUGCAGGGAUUUUGCAGGAAAGGGGAUUUCUCGACCCCAAUUUGUUUUCCUUCUAUCCUUAAAGCAGAAAUAUGGAUACCCAACAUCCAUUGGACCUUGUGCAAGCUUCUGGAAAAUGAUAUUGCAACAAAAAUGAUUUAAAUAAAUGAAAACCAAACCUCUUCAGAGCCUCAUGACACAUCUUCUGGUCCAGCGAUUUUUUUUUAAAAUUGUUUUAUUAUAUAUAAAUAUAUGUUGCCUGGUAACAGAGCUGGUUGAUUGCCACCUGGAGCCCAACUGAGAUGUUGGAGAUUGGGAAGCCAUUCGGCAGUUUCGUUUAUUUUCACCACGUUUAAAACUAUUUUUUGCAACCUACUACUGAAAAUGAAGAGACCUUUUUCUUCUUAAAAAAUGUAUGCUAAUAAAACAAACGCCAUUGGUGUGUUCACAGCCCAGGCUUGGGUGAUGAAGUAUGUUUUAGGUUAAUAAUUAUAGCAGCAAUAGUGGUAAGUUAAAUAGAAAAAAUAUUUGCCACCAUGUGCCAUUAACUUCUGGCGUCAGUGUUUCACUGUGGACUUGCCUCUGGAGUUUUGGAUUAUUCCAAAAGAUUUUUUGGACUAGAGAUUAGUUCAUGAAUCCUGUGGGGUUCUUCUCCCCCUUUUUCUUGAUUUUGUAGCUUGUAGUCACUUUUGUCUUUUGUUUUUUUUUUUCUUUCCCCUCAUUUUUUUUUUUUUUUUUUUUUUAAUCCUGUUGUAGAAAAAGUGGAUUUCAACACCCAUCUGACUUAGCCAGUGGAGAAAUGCACCAUUCCUGCUAUAUAAUAACCCAUUAGCUUUAGUUUUACUAAUCUCUCAGUCCAUCACAUUCUUUGUGGAAAAUGUAAUAAUAAAGUGAUGUUUUGGUGAA